AUGGUAAGCGGCGAGAGCCCACUCUCACAACAUGUAGUCGACUUGGUUGACUGCGACGUCCGCAUCAAGGGUUCGUGCGGCACAUCCAGCGCCACCAAGAAAGGCCAGAUUUUCCAGCCCGGCAUUAUCACUGGGGCUGAGACAAGAGACGAGGAACCAGAACCGGCAGACACGAACGACGGACCGGACGAAGAACCGCCCGCGGUGCGCAAAAGCGGUCGGAUGACAAAGCCGCGGGACCGUCUGAACCUGUUCACGACGGAGCAGGUGUUCGAAACAGAAUACGCACUGGUGAUCGGAGGUGAGAUCGGGAACCUUGGUCAAGGGAUACCUGGCCAACUAGGAUACAUGCCCGCCGAUCCACCGAACUACCGCGCAGCGGUCAACGGACCAGAUGCCGUUGGAUGGAUGAAAAGUAUGGAGGAGGAGAGUCGCUCCUUACUAGACCACGACGUCGAUCCCCCGCGCGAUGCUCAAAUCAUCCCGUCAAAAUACAUCUACAAAUGGAAGUACAACGAGACCGGCAUCGCUGUGCGACGGAAAUCGAGAAUCGUAGUGCAAGGAUUUCACGAAGCUGAGACCGGAACCGACAAUGCUGCACCGGUAGCGUCUCUCCAAGCCGUCCAUCUGAUAGUUGCGCAUGCUGCCAAGAAUGAACUUAUUCUUCGCCAAGCCGACAUCAAGACGGCGUUCCUCCACGCAAGGAUGGAACCCGGAUCGAAACCAGUGUACGUCAUUCCCCCGGAAGGAUUCUCAUGCGAAGCGAGAGAGCCAGGCUGGUGGGGCACUCUGCACGAUUUUCUCCUGAAGAUCGGAUUUGUUGAGAGCACCGCUGAACCGUGCUUGUACAUCCUGGACGACGGAGAUGUGCUCCUUCUCGUUUAUGUGGAUGACAUUCUGCUGACCGGGGAGGGCGAGAACAAAGUGCUGAGCAUAGUAGAUCAGCUGAAUGAGCGUUUCGAAACGGUGGACCUGGGAGGAGCCAGGUUCCUGCUCGGUAUGGGAAUCAACCGAGACAGAGCCACAGGGACAAUUCUUUUGGAACAGGAAGUGUAUACCAGCGCAGUGUUGGACAAGUUCGGCAUGGCCGACGCGCGUCCGACGACAUCUUCGUCUGAGGCUGGACCGGUGUCCGUCUUGGAGGACGAGGUGUUGUCAGCGGAAAAUACCGCAUAUUUCCGCUCCGCCACAUGCUCGCUUUUAUAUCUCCGCAGGUGCACAAAGCCCGACAUUACUCACUCCGUGAUGGUUCUGACGCGGAGUACGGCGAAACCAGGUCCGAGGGCGAUGCAGAAACUCAAACGCGUACUCAGGUACCUGAAAGGGACGAUAUUAAUCGGUGUACGCUACGGCAAGGAUGCCGAAGAUGGAAACGUCAUUACGGCGUUUGUCGACUCAGAUUUUGCAGGCGACCUAGACAAGGGCUACUCCACUACGGGAGUUGUCCUGUACUUCGCUGGUGGACCGGUGGAAUGGACAUCAUCCAAGCAAACGGUGGUGGCGACCUCUUCCGUUGAAGCAAAGUUCGUGGCUUUGUCGAAGGGGUGCAUCAUCAUCAAGUACUUCCGCCACCUGCUGGACACCAUAAAUCAGACUCAAGAAGAAGCAACCGUGGUGUGGGAGGACAACUCGUGAGCUCUGAAAUUUGCUCGCAGCUUCUGUAUCACCCCAAGGACUAAGCACAUUGACGUAAAGAUUCACCACGUAAGGUCGCUGGUAGCUGAUGGAGUCGUAGCCGUGAAGCAAAUAUCGACGUCGCUUCAGAAAGCGGAUAUUUUUACAAAAGGGCUAAACCCGUCGGAGCUUUCUCCGCGCCCGUGGCAUGCUGUUACGAUUUUGAUCACCUCCCCUCUUCGUAAUCAGACUUUAUGUCUUGAGGGUUGGAUGGUGUGUGUAUAUGUUUAAAGAAGAGAAAUAAUAUUCGGGAGAUUUGUGUUGAAGGAAAACAUUCGCUGCUGAUGCAACGCAGCUGAGAAAGGCAGAACAACUGAUAAUGAGUCAGAAGAUAACAUUGUUUCGAGAGGACAUGGACAUUGUUUCGAGAGGACAGUGAGAGAGAAUUGGUUCUGAUGCAUUGGUACUAGAAUGACGUAGUUCUUGAGAGGACAUGUUGGAGUAAUUGCAGUACGAGAACGACUCUAUUCUACUGCAUGGGUUUAUGCAGUAUUGUGAAGGCGUUGCCAAGCCUGUAACCGUCAGGUGAAGACAGCUUGGGCGUCUGUGUGGAUAAUAAUAUCACUCUGUGUGUUUGCCUACCUAACCUCGCAUCACAUGCUAGCUACUUUGUAGCCACAGCUGAUGACAGUGCUGUUGCCUCAACAGAGAGGGAGCUUCACGCCUGCGAAUAACAUGGCGGCGUUCAAUGGGGCGGGCUUGUGGCCGGUGAACAUGGAUAAUGCCAUCAACCGACUACACAGCAGGAGGAAGCAACGGGAGAAUGACCGCCCUAUCCCUGAAAACCUCGCCGUCGUUGCCUCCAAGAAGCAGCUCGAAGAAGGUCUCGGCCACGCUGCCCUCCUGGAGCUGAAACGACAGGGAGUGACGAUCGAGGGGCUCCGCGUGAACACCGUGUGCCUCGGCGGGCUCACCCGCUUCACCAAGCGCUCCAAGUCUUUCGCGACCGUUCGGGUGGGCGGGGGGAAGCCCGAGGGCGGUCUCCUGUCCGCCGAAGAACACCUUGCUAAAGCUAGGAAGGACAAAGAAGAGAAGGCGGCAGCUGAGAAAGUAAAGGCGGACAACGCCAAGGCCCGUACAGAAGCAAGGGCAGCGAGGGAGGCCAAUCUUCGGCAGGGCG